CAAGACUUCUCCCAGCUGCCGCCGAAAAUAGCCCGAAUAAUAAGGCGCGCGCGUUUUUUUUUCAGCGGCCAGGGACCGCAGGAGCCGCGAACAGCCGACAUUUCCACUGCUCCCCUCUCCUCCUCCUCCUCCUGCUCCUCCUCCUCCCGCCCUCCGCCUCCCUCCCCUGCCUGAGAAUGCUGGACUGACACAGUAGCGAUACGAGCGGAGCAGAGACAUGGAGGCCCGGUUACCGAGGGAGGCCCGUCCGGACACUUCCGAGCCCAGCGGACGCCGCGGCGGUUUGGAUCUCUGAGCUCUUCGGGAAACAGCCCCCGGACCCUGUUUGCUGUAAGGGUUUAAGGAUUUCGGAGCCCGGCAGGAGGGAGAAAUGCAGGGAGAUCCAUUUCGGGUCUCUGUUGAUUCAACGCCGCCGCCAUUUUGUUGACACUUGUGGAGAUAACAUGUGGCCACCUCGCUGACACCCAUGAAGGCUGGAUAAUGUGAGCUCCGUUUGUGGACAUUUUAAAAAGCUGAAGGCCGGAGAAAGAGGGCUGGACGGCCACGACGGGAGAGUAGGACUCGACAAAGCCACGAGCUUCACCCUCACCGAUCCUCCUUCCCCAUUUCCUCCUUCUCCCCCUCUCCCACAUCCACAUAAAAACUUACUGGAAUCUCCCCCGAGAUAGUGUUCAAAGUUCAGAUGGAUCAGAAGAUUCAGAGUCGAACUGCGACUCCAACCCCUCUCCUCUCCGAUGCCCCCACGGUGGAUCGAGAGAAGGAAGGGGGCGGGGGAAAGAAAGAAGAGGAAGAUGAGAAAAACCGGGAUCGAGAAAAAGAGAGGACAACUGCUGCCCCUGCCGGAGCAGGCGGUGCAGGUGAAGGUGGGUCCGAGGGGGUCAACGGCGACCAAUCCCACUUCUCCAUCAAAGAGAGCAGCCUGUCUGAGGGCAACGUCAAGCUGAAGAUCGGCCUUCAAGCCAAACGCAUGAAGAAACCCCCAAAGAUCCUGGAGAAUUAUGUGUGCCGGCCAGCCUUUAGGGCGACCGUGAGGCACACAAACCGCGGGGGAGGUGGUGCCCGCGGUAACCGAGCGGCGGCGGCGGCCGAUGGACAGCGUCGUGAGGGCCAGAGUCCUUCACAGGGGCGGGAAAAGGAUAAGGAAAAAAGUCCCAGUGUGAGCAAACCACCGUCGUCUUCCUCCACCCUACCCUCUAAAACAUCUGCACCUCCUUCUCCUGCUCCUCCGUCUGGCUGCACUAAUCCCCCGUCAUCCCAAGUGAAUGGGAGUGCUCCAGUAAAAAGGGUUCCUGGAAUGGAUGGCAAGACGGAGUCAAAGUCGGAUGCAAAAGCAGCAACUGCUCCACCAGAGAGACCCCUAAACUUACAUCGCCCCCAACCAGAGAACAAACCCCAUUCCUCGGGGAAGAAAACACUGACUCAGCAAACACCUCCACAGACUUCUUCGCCGAGUUCAUCACUACCUGCAUUGAAGGAACCCACCUUUGAGGGUGUUAAGCCUCCUCAAUACACCUACAGUUCAGAGGGCCAGAAAGACAAGGACAAGGGGGGCCAAAGUUGGGGAUCCCCCACUGUCACAGAAAAAUUAGCCCAGCUUAUUGCUACUUGCCCCCCAUCUAAAGCUUUAAAGCCAAUCAAGCUGUCAAAGACUGAUCCAGCUUCCACCACCCUCCCAAGCUCAGGCUUCAUGGCUCCUACGGCCAAGCAGCGGGAUAGGGCCAUGGCCAACAGGAAUACAUACUCAAGAAUGAUGCAUCUGUCUCCUCCUCCCCCCGUAUCGAGACCCCCUGGUCGCCCCUAUGGUUCAAGAAGCAAAGACGGCAUCCCAGAAAACGUUUCCACAGCACAAAGGAAAGAUGACUCGGAUGGGUCUGGAAAAUCUUGUAGCAGCAACAACAGCGGUAGCGUGCGCAGCAGCAGCCCUGCGUUCACCUAUGGCAAUAACUGGUUGCCCACCAUGACGAAGGAUAGCAGCAACGAAAAUGGGAAAAUUAGCAUCUCUGUUCCACAGUCGUGCUUUGCUCAUAGUUUUCCACAGACCACAUCCUCAUCAUCGUGCCCUGUUUCCCCCUCUUCUUCAAACUCAGCUGAUCCGAGAACAUCGAGCUCAGGGAGCUCUUCUGGUCUCUCCCAAGGACAGCAUGCACGAGACUUCUCAGCAACGGCGGAGGAAAACGGCGCACAUGAGAGGGAGCAGGACAGCGACAACCCCAGGGACUUGACCAAAUGCCCCCCUCCAGCAACAACAGGAAGGCCGGAGGUAAAAGAAAAGGGAGCAAAUGGUCACGGCGAGCAGGGAAAGAGCUGUAGUCCCAGCAAGCGCAGCCCUAACCGGGAUAGUAUUCAUUCAGGUCGGUACAGCAGUUCUCCUGAGCCUGUGAGGCAAAGAGAAUUUUCUCCACCAGAGAUGGACGAUGAAGAAGGCUCAGAAACGCCUCCUAGAGAUGAUUCCCUAGAUUCCUCUAUGGACUCCUCUACCGAGCAGGACAGCAGACCUCUUAAAAAACGCAAAGGGAGAAAACCCCGCUGGAGUUGUGACAUGAACAAGACCCACAGCAAGAGCAUGAAAGGCCAUGAUAGUCCCUGCGGCGACAGCAAGAACACCAUGCUCUUUUCCUCUGACAUGGAAACCCCAUCACCUCCAGUCAAAAGGCCUGUGGGGCGGCCUCCCAAUCCAAACAAGCUCAGGCAGAAUACUAUGCCACAAAGUACAGUGUCGCAAUUCUUCUCGUCCCAGCCGAAGAAAAGAGGAAGGCCAAAGUCCAAAAUGCCGAGGCUUGAUGCCCCUGGUCCCGGAAACUCCCCCUGUAAGCUGUCGCACUCAAAGGUUUUCUCGUCUCUGCUGAAGUCCAAAGAAGAGCAGGACCCACCUGUUCUUCACCCGGAGGUGGACUUAAAUCCUCCAAAACCUUUGCCCAGAAAGCGUGGGCGUCCUAAACGCCCUCCUACAUUACCUCAAGAGGGGCAGCCUCCUACCCUGGCUCCAGAAGAAGACGACGUGGGGGAACAGAGGUUCCACAGCAAAGGAAAUGGGCAGCUCAUCAUGAAAACCAUCAUUGGCAAAAUUAACAAGAUGAAAAGUGUGAAGAGGAAACGGAUUCUGAGCCAGAUUCUUUUGGGUCCGAGAACAGAAGACCCUCCCAAAGGCAACACAAGUGGAAUGGUUGGUUCAGUGGAAGCUGCAACCCAGUCAUUGUCAUCUUUAGCUGCUACUUUUGGGGGAAAGCUUGGGCCGCAAAUUAACGUCAGUAAAAAGGGAACAAUAUACAUGGGGAAGAGGAGAGGCCGUAAACCAAAGGCAGCCGGUUCCACAUCAUCACCAGAACCUUUUCUGUCUCCAAAUACCGCUUCCCCUCUUUCUCAUCAAUCUCAGUCCCACUAUUUGUUCUCCUCUGACGUAUUUCCUUCUCCCUCCCUCUCACAGUCGAGCGGAGGCCACAGUCCCAUCAGUGAAGCCAGCUUUGUGGAGCCCGGCUCGGUGCACUUUGGAGGUCACACUCACUAUUCGAGCUCGCAUCAUAGCCACAACACGUUCUCCUUCCCGACACCAACCUUUUCUGCCCCUAACAAGAUGCUGGGGUCUGUGUCAUCCUCUGCAGUCACAGCAGCUUCUCAGAAAAAGUCGUCUUACAGAGGAUACCCUCUCCACCACCACCAUUACCGGCAGCACCACCACUAUCAUAGGCUUUCUCCUCCCAGGCCAAUCCACCCCACCUCCCCUGCUCCCCUCAAUGAGCUUAAAGAAGCAACCCCUUCCCCAGUCAGCGAGUCCCACAGUGAGGAGACGGUGCCCAGCGACAGUGGCAUCGGGACAGACAACAACAGCACAUCUGAUCGUGGCGAGAAAGCUGGUGGAAUGGGGGGGUUGGGGUUGCCGCCUGGAAUGGGAGGUGGAUUGUUGAUGCCAGGUGUGAUGAGUUCAGCUGUGGUUUCCGGGCUGAGCAUCAACUCCAGAGGGAGGCGCCGGCACUCUGCCGGGCUAGUAGACCGUCCCUCACCCUCCCCAUCGCCACACGGAGUGCGAUCGUCCCCCGAUCCCAGAAGACCUCACCCUGCGGUGCCCGCCUCCUCAUUGUUGGGCCACAAGGACAAACACAAGCACAAAUGUAAACGGCGUAGCCAUGUGUGUCCCGGGUACGACAAGUUAAAGAGACAGAAGCGGAAACGAAAGAAGAAGUACUUGCAGCUGCGGUCUCGCCGCCUUGACCCAGACUUUCUGGCUGAACUCGACGAGAUAAUUGUCAUGCUGAGCGAAGUACGGAUAACCCACCGUACCACGGGACACCGGCUGGGCGGUGGAAUAGGCAUCGCCGCAGGAGCAAGCAGAAUGCCCGGGUUGGGGAGCAGAGGAAGCAGUGGAAUGGGAGGACCAGGAGGUCCUCCUCCUCAUCCUUAUGUGCACAGGGACCUCUUACCAACUAUAUUCCGGGUUAACUUUGGCAGGUUCUACUCCCAUCCUGCCUACUCCUGUGACCCCUUUCACUACAUCCGUAAACCCGACAUGAAGAAGAAACGUGGGCGACCCCCCAAGUUAAGAGAAUCCAUGUCUGAAGUCCCGUUUGUACCUGGUCUAGGGUUCCCACUCUCAAGUGGGGGUUUCUACCACCCACCAUACGGCGUCCCUUAUUCAUCUGGACCCCUGGGUUUGGGUUAUUACAGAGGUUACCCUUCAACAAGUUCCCUGUAUGCUCACCCUCAUCACCAGUCUCCUCACACACCACAAUCCCACCACUCCCACCAUUCACCAACCUUCCCGCCUCCUCCCCCCACCACGUCUUACAUGCACCACCACCACCCCUCUCAUCUCCUGUUGAACCCCUCCAAAUUUCAUAAGAAGAAACACAAGCUGCUUCGGCAGGAGUACCUGGGAGGAGGGAGGUCCCCAGUCCUUUUCCCGUCGUUGUCUUCUGAACUUUCCUUUAACUGGCACCAUAAACACAAACAUAGGCACAAACAUCGAGAGCGUUGUUCUGAGGAAGACCGAGAGGAAGCAGCAAGGAGUGGAUCAGGUGGCCGAUCCGCCGCUGGGAUUCCUGACAAAGGAACAUCAGGUAAAACGGAUCCAGUUGGUGGUUUGGGAAUGUCAGAGACUUUACAGAGAUGCCGCUUUGGUAGAGACAGCUCCAGCACCCCUGCCAGCAAGCAACCUGUUGCCCGUUCUGCCAAUUCCCCUCUGUCAUCAUCAGCAGAACGCUUCAAGCGUAAGGAGAGCUCCAUGUCCUGCCUAGGACCCUCUAGGCUCACGCUGGGGAACAGCUGGUUCAGGAUAGGCAGUUCUGAAGCGGACUACUCCAAAAUUUCACAGAGCAUAGUAGCACCCAGCCAGGGUUCAUUCUCAGAUGAACGGGGAGGAGAUCCGUCAGGAUGUUCUGACAGUGAAGACGAGGAACGUCUCACUCCCAGACAAGAUGUUGACUCUCAUGGUUCUCCAGAUCUAACAAAUUUGUUUUCCUCGGCUCUAACUCGGGCUUCGUUCAGAGGAAAUCGUAGCAGGAAUACUGAUGUCACAGAGAGCUCAAACUUCUCCCAAGUGGAUCGGCUUAUGAGGAAGGAUCCAUCAACGUCAUCGGAGAGGAGAGAGUUUGGGACUUCAGGAAAUCCAACCAGAGGUGUUCCCUUAUCCCCCUCUAAAGGGCCAGAAGGAGCUCUGCACCACCGACAGCCGCUCUACCACCAUCCCGCUCUGUUCCACUCCCACGGCUCGGCGGCGUCUCAGGACUGUUGCCUGGAAGCCUCCUUGCCCCACCGCUCCUACCGGGUCCAGCCGUCCAAACACAGCCUGCACCACGUCAACAAAAUCCUGCGCGCCAAAAAGCUGCAGAGGCAAGCUCGCACGGGAAACAACGUGGUAAAGAAGAGGGGGCCCGGUCGGCCCAGGAAAUACCCGCUGCUCUCCCCUCCACCAUCCUCGCCGCCGGCGGUGGAGGCGAAUGAUGCUCGGCCAAGGGACAGAGGCGGGGACAGGCUACCAGAGGGAAGAGGGUGGGAGGGCGAUACAGUCACUGACGCUAUUGAGUCAGUGGUCCAGGGCCAGAGCAGGAAAACUCCGAAAAGGAAGCACUGGGACAAGGAUGACGAUGAAGAAGAGGAGGAGGAAGCAGAGAACAAAGACGUAGAAGAAAUGGUGGAUCUACCACCAAUCAGGGAAGAGAAUCAAGACGAAAACCUGGCCGCAAGGUCCAGACCCGGGACAGGAAGGAGCUGGCCCGCUCUAGAAGAACAUCAGAACUUUCAAAGCUCUGCGGAAAGGAAGCCAGAAGGCCAUCGGUCCCCGGAGCACGGAGGGGCUGUCCCCAGAGAACAAGCUCCGCCCAUGCCUGUUACCAGCCAGCGAGAGAAGAGACCAGCAAGACCUCCAAAGAAGAAGUUCCAAAAAGCCGGCCUGUACUCAGACGUUUACAAAACGGAGGACCCCCGCAGUCAGCUCCUGCAGCUGAAGAAGGAGAAACUUGAAUACAUACCUGGGGAGCACGAGUACGGACUGUUUCCUGCACCGAUACAUGUUGGGAAAUACCUGAGACAGAAGCGCAUCGACUUCCAGCUGCCGUACGAUAUUUUAUGGCUGUGGAAACACGAUCAGCUGUCUAAGAGGCCUGAUGUUCCUCUUUACAAAAAGAUCAGAUCAAACGUCUACGUGGACGUGAAGCCUUUUUCCGGGUAUGAAACGACGACCUGCAGCUGCAAACCGCCGGAGAACUCGGACGACAAAGGCUGUUUAGAUGAUUGCCUGAACAGGAUGAGCUAUGCAGAAUGUUCUCCGAGCACGUGUCCAUGUGGAGAGCAGUGUGACAACCAGCACAUUCAGAGACACGAGUGGGUCCAGUGUCUGGAGCGGUUCCGCGCUGAGGGAAAGGGUUGGGGUAUUCGCACAAAGGAGCCCCUCCGAGCGGGGCAGUUCAUCAUCGAAUACCUGGGAGAGGUGGUUAGCGAGCAGGAGUUCAGGAGCCGCAUGAUGGAGCAGUACUUCUCCCACAGUGGCCACUACUGUCUCAACCUGGACAGCGGCAUGGUGAUUGACAGCUACCGAAUGGGCAAUGAGGCGCGCUUCAUCAACCACAGCUGUGACCCAAACUGUGAAAUGCAGAAAUGGUCGGUGAACGGAGUUUACCGGAUCGGUCUCUUUGCUCUGAAGGACGUCAGCAGCGGCACCGAACUCACCUACGACUACAACUUCCACUCCUUCAACACGGAGGAGCAGCAAGCCUGCAAGUGUGGCUCAGAGAGCUGCCGCGGGAUCAUCGGCGGGAAGAGUCAGCGGAUCAACGGCCUGCCCGGGAAAACGGGAGGCGCUCGGCGUCUGGGGCGACUCAAGGAGAAGAGGAAGUCCAAACACCAGUUCAAAAAACGGGAGGAAGAUUCCAGCGACAACAAUAAGUUUUACCCUCAUCUGAUGAAGCCGAUGUCCAACAGAGAGAGGAACUUUGUCCUGAAGCACCGAGUUUUUCUUCUGAGGAACUGGGAGAAGAUGCGGGAAAAGCAGGAGCUGCAGAAGCGAGAAGGCGACAGAGACGCCAGCAGCCUCUCUAUUUACACGCGAUACGGAGGAGUCACCCGAGACGACGGCAACAUCAAAUCAGACGUGUUCCAGACGCAGUUCUCGGCUCUGCAGACGCUGCGGUCGGUUCGCACGCGGCGGCUGGCUGCUGCCGAAGAAAACACGGAGGUGACGCGGACCGCACGGCUCGCGCACAUCUUCAAGGAGAUCUGGGAAAUGAUCACGGGCUACAAGGAUUCAGCAGGCCAGGCCCUCGCCGCCCCACUGAUGAACCUCCCGUCCAGAAAGAGGAACAGCCAGUACUACGAGAAGGUGUCUGAUCCGCUGGACCUGAACACCAUCGAGAAGCAGAUCGUAACCGGCCAUUACAAGACGGUGGAGGCGUUUGACACCGACAUGCUGAAGGUUUUCCGCAACGCUGAGAAAUACUACGGCCGGAAAUCCCCGGUGGGCCGGGACGUUUACCGGCUGCGGAAAGCCUACUACAGCGCUCGCCACGAGGCCGCCGUCCAGAUCGACGAGAUCGUGGGGGAAACGUCGAGCGAGGCCGACAGCUCCGAUUCGCUGGAGCGGGACCACGGUCACCACCAGCACGGGGAAGGCCCCCACGAUAAGGACGACGACGUCAUCCGCUGCAUCUGCGGGAUGUACAAAGACGAAGGCCUGAUGAUCCAGUGUGAAAAGUGCAUGGUGUGGCAGCACUUUGACUGCAUGCGGUUGGAGACGGAGGUGGAGCACUACCUCUGCGAGCAGUGUGACCCCCGGCCAGUAGAACGGGAGGUUCCCAUGUUACCCCAACCCAGCUACGCUCAGGCCGGCUCCAUCUACUACAUCUGUCUGCUUAGAGACGACCUGCUGCUGCACCAAGGUGACUGUGUGUAUCUGAUGAGGGACAGCAGGCGCUCAUCUGAAGGGCAGCCGGUCCGCCAGUCCUACCGCCUGCUGUCGCACGUCAACCGGGACAAGCUGGACAUCUUCCGGAUCGAGAAACUCUGGAAGAAUGAGAAGGGGGAGCGGUUUGCGUUCGGGCAUCACUACUUCCGCCCUCAUGAGACGCAUCACUCCCCAUCGCGGCGGUUCUACCAGAACGAGCUGUUCCGGAUGCCUCUGUACGAGAUCAUCCCUCUGGAGGCGGUGGUGGCGACCUGCUGCGUCCUGGACCUCUACACCUACUGCAAGGGGAGACCGAAGGGCGUGAAGGAACAGGACGUCUACAUCUGUGACUACCGCCUGGACAAGUCGGCGCACCUGUUCUACAAGAUCCAUCGCAACCGCUACCCGGUGUGCACCAAGCCGUACGCCUUCGUCCACUUCACCAAGAGGCUCGCGCCAAAGAGGGACUUCUCGCCUCAUUAUGUUCCGGACAACUAUAAGAGGAACGGCGGCCGAUCGGCGUGGAAAAGCGAAAGGUCCAAAGAACCGGGACGCUGCGACGAUGACGACGCCUCCUGCGACCGGGGGGAGGACUUCCCCGCCGAGGCAGAAGGGGGAAGAGGAGGGGGGGACGACGUGGACACGGCUGCAGAGGACCCCGACUUUGUUCCAACCAAACCCACGCCAGCCGAAACGGGAAGAGGGGAGGAGGAGGAGGACGAUGAAGAAGAGGAGGAGGAGGAGGAGGACAGGCAGGAGGCUCGGGUGUGCAAGGAGCUGGAGGAAGGUUCCAACCAGAGGAUGGGGGAGAUGCUGGAACUCCCAACCCCGUUAUCCUCCUCCCCCCCUCAGCACAGAGCUCUCAGCAGGAGGGAGGCCCAGAGGGACCGGCUGAACAAGAUCCUGCUGGACCUGCUGCACAGAAUCCCCAACAAGAAUGGUGAGGGACCGGGAACGAAGCUGGGGGCCAUCGAUGUCACUUAUCUGCUGGAGGAGGGAGCGGGACGGCGGCUCCGGCGGCGGACGCUUGGAUUCGGAGACUUUGUUUUCAGGAAGUGAUGCCUCUCGUGUGCCUGUGGAGCCUUGACUGCAGAGAGCGGCAAACCCGGAGCGCCGGACGGACACGUGCGGACGGCGUCUCCUCGGUCCUGAAACUCAGUCGGUCAGAGCGUGGGGGGGGUUCAGCUCAGAGAGGAGAGCUAAUGAAGACUUUUGCUUAUUUAAGUCGUAUCAUGCAAAACCUGUUUGAAAAUGCACAUAGGAGAAGGAAGCAUGCACUUAUAUCUGCAAACACGGCAGAAGGAAUCCACUACCCAGCAUCAGGAACGACUGGUACUGAACAAAGGACGGACGGACGGACGGAGGGGGGACGGCUUUUCUUUGACGGACAGCCGGAGUGACGGACGGCUUUUCUUUGACGGACAGCCGGAGGGACGGACGGCUUUUCUUUGAGCUCUGAAGGACCGUAACGGUUCCCCCUGGUGGGAUUUAGCUGCAAUGACAUGAGGACAUCUUUGUUGCUGCUCUUUUCGGUGGAGAACUGCACUUUUUGGUACCGUGGACGCGGUGACGCUCCGCGGCGUAACGCGCCGGCCGGCGGGCUCCGCGUUGGAAGACGCAGUCGGAAGGCGGCUUUUCCAGAAGACGCUCCUGGUUGAUGCUGGUUUUCUAGCCAUGGGGGGGGUGGAGUUUGCGCUUUUGUCAGUGAAAGUGUCUCGUUGUGGUUUUUUUUUUAACUUUUCCCUAAAGCCUUCAGCCCCUCCCCCCCCUCUCCGUUUUGUACAACUCACCAGCUGAACUGAAUCAGGCAGGGAGGGGGGCGGCGGCUCUAACUGUAACGCCUUACACAGUCACGGCCUCCCGCCGCCUUGCGUGUGUGCGAGCGCGCACACGCCAGGUUUCAUGAAAAUAUACCUUUUUAAAAAAAAUGAAAGAAAUAGAAAAAAAAAAAGAGGGCUCAAUGGCAAUUAAGUUUUGAAAAAACUAUGGAAGACGGUUCUUAACAUGAAAUGUUUGGUUAUGUCCUAUUUUCUUAUGUGGCGGGGGGGGGGGGGGGUCUGUACUGUAUAUUUGGAGGGAAGUUCAACCUUUCUUUGGUUCCUAGCUGCCAUGGAGAAUGUUAAAAAUGAUAUUUUAUGCGACCUUUUUGUCCCUCAUGGCUUCCGUUGACGAGAAAAACUGACAGGAGCGACUGAUGAAGGGCGGGGGGCGGGGGGGCAGGAAGCUGUACAGUGCCAUGUUAUGUAAAUACACACUUUCCAUUGAGGAGCGUCUCCAAAAGCAAUAUCUGAAAUAUGAACCUUGUUUAUUAUUGUACUGUACAGAACUCAGCCCAUAUCGUAUUAUGAUUAUUAUAUAAUAUUAGAACUUCUUCCAUUUGUAUUAAUAUAAUGAAACACUUAAGCGCAGAGGACUUUUGUAAUGUUCAGAAACCAUAACUGUCCUCAUGACAUAAAACUUUACUGAGUUUAUAAAUUAAUUUACUUCAUGAGAUCAGAAGAAUGUGAGGCAGACAAAGGUUUUUGGGCGCCACGGCGGCGGCGGCGGAGACGCCAUCUUUGUCUCUGAACUUUGUUAAUAAUAUUUCUUCUGAGGAGAGUUGAGCUCCUUUCUUUUUGCUGCAAAGUGUUGAACACUAAAAAAACAAACCAACCUAAAAAAAUGUCAUAUUUUUAAAUGGUAACAGAAAGGAAAGUAAAGCUGUCGACCCUGUUUUGCUUUUUAUUUUGUUUUUUUAAUAGGAAACGGUUCUGUUUUUGUGAUGAGUCAUUGUAAGAUGCUUGUACUUGUAUUUGUGUGUUUUUGUGUGAUUUGUUUAGUUCUUUUUAGACAAUCACAAAAAGCAGAUGCAAGCAUUGUAAAUGGCAGACUGGCAGACAUUUUGUGACGUGUACAGUUUGUCCAAAAAAAAAACUUCUUCCACUUGUUUGUAAUUAUGAUUCUGAAGUCAUAAGAAAUGCUGUUGGUUUUUACUUUUUGUUUUCUAUUUGUUUUUGUUUGUUUUUUUAAAUAAAAAGCACUACAUUAUUGUGAAUUUA